UAACGCGAAAAUUCGUGCAUUAUUUCAACGCAAUGAAAAAACUGUGAAAUAUUGUGCAACAGCGAUAGUCUUCUUUUGGCACUAUCACCCAAGUUUUCAAUGUCGAGGGCCACAAGUUGAUGAGGAAAAAUUCGUGACCAAUCAGAGCAAGUUACCAGUAGGCGUGGAGCGCUAUAGCGAGAAAUCAAAACUUCUUUUGGAUUACGCAGGACGAUCUGGAAACAUGGAUGCCCUUCCAGCGGGAGAUAUAGGAUAUAUCGGAGAAUCGGAACGCAGACGUGAAGGCCGCUUGACAAGCAUCAUUGAUCAGUUGCUCAGUAGCAGAGCCACUUCCACUUUUGGCGAUGCCGUCAAUUCCGACAAAAGGAUUAAAGGUAAAAAUCGCGAAAUUUCAUCGACAUCAGGAAGAACUGAUGGCACUAUGUCUUCACCGAGUGCGCCAAUGGAACACCAACCCGUUCAGGCAUCAGCAAACGAUAAUCGUCCUAAGAAAGAAAGUGUCCCGUUUAACACGUCGAGCGUAAAAGCUUCACUAUCAAAUAAAGCUCGUCGCAAAAAAGUUGGACGCAACACUUCUCCGUCUGCAAAUGUAAAACAUGAACGUUUCAGCCCCGACAUGGAGACGGGCACGGCUUCUUCACGGAGUGCCUCACCAUGCAGCCCCAUUUCCCAUUCCUUCCGGCCUCCUACACCCUCAACAGCAGAAACGCCCAAUAAUUCGUGUGUCUCUCCAGCGGAACGAUUUAGCCCGGGGAACUACAACGCAUCCAAUAACAAACCUAUGUCGGAAGGUCUUCAAAUGUCUCGGAACUACAGUGAUUUCAUGCGUAGUUUGGCGGCGAAGUACAACAAUUCCAACGAUUACCGAUCGCAGCAAACAAACAGCCUCAUGUCAAUCUUAGACUCACGAGCAUCCUGUAAAGACUUGAUAUUCGGCGAAGGGUCCUCACAGUCACCCCCAUUCCCACUCUUUAAUCUUCCGCUGAAUACGUUCACCUCUCAUGCGCUCGCUGCUAGUAAACACUAUGAAAUGGCUUCUGCAUUGGCAGAAACUGGCAAGAAAGAAAGGAGGGAAUUUUCUACAACUCCAUUGCUGCCUUUGAGUGGAUUGGGCCAAGACAACAGUAUCCGCCAUGCUCUGCCACCUGGCUUCCAUGCUGGGCCUGCUAUGGACAUGAGUUCAACUCAAGCGCUGCUGAGCAUUGUCCGUUCGGCUACAGCUCGUGGUUCGCCGCGCAUAGAUCCAUACAUUAGCGAUACGACUACCCGACCUGGUCCCGCCACGUUGAAACGUUCAUCAGUCGAAACGGUUGCAGUGGCGUCUCACAUCCCAUUGGAUCUAAGCGCUUCCAUGGCAAAGCGUCCAUACAUGGAUUCGCAACUCGAAUCGCUAGGCCGUAGUCGGUUUUCCCAACUUUCUUCUUCUCGGUCGCCUGCCAUGGACCCAAAUAACAUUGCUGGGAGGCAAUUCCCUCCUAUUGGCAGGAAGUCACCGCCCUCACGCUUCUCAUCAGACACCAUUAAUGCUCGUGGAGAAAAUAAAGUAGCAAUUCAGAACAAACCAGCAAUUGCACAGCUGCUGCCAAACUGCCGUUUGAGUUGUGCCGCUCAUUCUUGUAGCGCUGCUGCAGUUGAAGUCCAAAAGUGGUCAAUCAGCCACGUAGUGGAUUUCGUCAAAAGUAUUGAUAUCUGUUCUGAAUAUGCCCAGGCAUUUGAAGACCAAUCAAUCGACGGUAGUACUCUUCCCUUACUGACCGAAGAACACUUAAUCACGAGCAUGAACAUGAAACUUGGACCAGCAUUGAAAUUGCGAUCCGUAUUGGCAAAUAAAAUAGGCCACUGUGCUAUAUGCCUUCAUUGUAUUCAUUGUCACGCAGAACCUACAGGAGUUGAGCAACCACUGUCCUCUCAAGAUCACCAAAAUUUGUUGAACAAUUCAUGAUGUCAACGAAGAUUUCCUUCCAAAAAAAAGUUCACUGUUGACAGUAGUCAAUUCGCUCCCAAAGAUAUGACCAGUCCUGCGAACCAUCGCUCUUGCAUUGGUUUUAAUAUGUUAUAGAUUGUUUUAAGUUGUACUACUUGUUAUUUAAAAGACUACAAAACUGUUUUAAUUUUUUAACACAAGCAUAAGCUUAAAGCGUCACCAGUUUAUAAUAUUUCGUUUCAACCUAGCUAUUUUUUGUCUUACAUUUUGGACACAUGUAGAACCAAACUCAAUUGAUUAUUAUAAGUGCAGAAACAUUUAACUUUUCAUGGUCAGAAUAUGUUGACUGAAGUUUAGCUUCUAUUGAAAGCUCAAAUUGAAAUAAAAGUCAUAAAUAUUUUUAAAUCGCCGUGAAACCAUGUCAGAUUUUAAAUAAUUCUAUGAUUCGUAUAUUUAAUCGCCACUCCUGAUUCAAAAGGACAGACAUGUCAUGGAAUCCAAAUAUUGUCCUUUUUUCUAAAUGGCAGAAUUUUGUGUUUGCUACCAUUAGAGCAUUAUGGUAUUUUUUACCAUGAACCCUGAAGCAACAUUGUAAAAAGCAGUGUUCUUCCGAAUAAGGGAAAUCAAUAAGAAUAAGAAUAAUAUCGACAUUUUAAGAAUAAAAAAUAAAAGU